CCCCUCAGAGUGGAUCAUCCUGCAGGCUGGAGGAUCUCUGCUCGCCAGGCUGGUAUUUGCUCUCCUCCACCAUCAGACAGUCAGACCGCAGAGCGAGCAGACGGGACGCUGCUGCUGCAGGAAAACCUGGAAAUAAACGCGCUCCUGACUCUAUUCUGCUCCGGGAUUAAGGGCCGGAGGACCACCGGGAUAUAGCGUCGAAGGGAGAGCAACAUUCCCGGGAUUCAUUCAGGGAAAGAGGGACAAAAAAAGGUAAAAAAAAAAAAAAAACUUCAUUCCAGCCUGCGGGUCUGAGCCCGACUUCUGGGCUCCGUCUACCCUCUGGAGCGGUCACCGUCUCCGUGUUUACGUUCUCUGCUGCUGCUGCUGGCAUGUUGGUCUGAACCUUCAACACUACGUUUCCCAUGGAGCCUUGCACCGACACACACACUGUUCUACCAUGGAGCCAGUCAGGGUUCUGGACCCAGAGAGGCAGUGAGACAGAAGAGGACCUGAUAUUGUGAUCCUCCCUCCAUCCUUCUCCUGGAGCUCCUCCCCUCCUCCUCCUCCUCCUCCUCCUCCUCCUGCUCCUUCUGUGGAUCAACAGACUCUAUCAGGACUCUCAGAGCCUGGUCCUGGUCCUGGUCUGGUCCUGGUCUGGUCCAGUCUGGGUUGACUCUGCUGCAGGAUGGCAGGCGUCCCGUUCUGUUUGGCUGUGAUGGCGGCCGCUCUGCUGCUCGCCCUCCGAGCCCACGCUGCAGGUCAGAACCCGGACCACGUCCUGCAGGGGACGGGGGUGAAACCUGAGGCCCGGCGGCCCGGAGAGGACUCCACCAUCGCCCCCGAGGACGCCGCACGCUUCCUCAGCUGCUACUGUUCAGGACACUGUCCAGAGGACGCCACCAACAACACCUGCCAGACCAACGGUCAGUGUUUCGCCAUCAUCGAGGAAGACGAACACGGGGAGGUCAUCCUCACAUCAGGAUGUAUGAAGUAUGAAGGGUCACACUUCCAGUGCAAGGACUCUCCCAACGCUCAGGCCAGGAGGACCAUCGAGUGCUGCAACACAGACUACUGCAACAGAGAGCUGCAGCCCACCCUGCCCCCCCAGCCCCCCCCAGACGGCGGUCCUCACUGGUUGGCCUUCCUCAUCUCCAUGACGAUCUGCUGCUGUACGCUCAUCUGUGUCACCGUCGUCUGCUACUACAGGUAUAAGUGGCAGACGGAGCGUCAGCGCUACCACAAAGAUCUGGAGCAGGAGGUUUUUAUUCCUGCAGGAGAAUCUCUCAAAGACCUCAUCCACCAAUCACAGAGCUCAGGCAGCGGCUCGGGGCUCCCCCUGCUGGUGCAGCGGACGAUAGCCAAGCAGAUCCAGAUGGUCCGUCAGAUCGGUAAAGGUCGCUACGGAGAGGUCUGGCUCGGCCGCUGGAGAGGAGAGAAGGUGGCCGUCAAGGUGUUCUUCACCAGGGAGGAGGCCAGCUGGUUCAGAGAGACCGAGAUCUACCAGACGGUCCUCAUGAGACACGAGAACAUCCUGGGCUUCAUCGCCGCCGACAUCAAAGGCACGGGCGCCUUCACGCAGCUCUUCCUGAUCACCGACUACCACGAGAACGGCUCGCUCUACGACUUCCUGAAGCUGAGCACGCUGGACACGCAGACGCUGCUGCGCCUGGCGUACUCGGCCGCCUGCGGCCUCUGCCACCUGCACACCGAGAUCUACGGCACGCAGGGCAAGCCCGCCAUCGCUCACCGAGACCUCAAGAGCAAAAACAUCCUGAUCAAGAAGAACGGAGCCUGCUGCAUCGCUGACCUGGGCCUGGCCGUCAAGUUCAACAGCGACACCAACGAGGUGGACGUCCCCCUGAGUACGCGGGUGGGGACGCGGCGCUACAUGGCGCCUGAAGUCCUGGACGAGAGUCUCAACAAGAACCACUUCCAGGCGUACAUCAUGGCCGACAUGUACAGCUACGGGCUGGUCAUCUGGGAGAUGGCCCGCCGCUGCGUCACCGGAGGGAUGGUGGAGGACUACCAGCUGCCCUACUAUGAGCUGGUCCCCUCUGAUCCGUCCUAUGAGGACAUGCUGGAGGUUGUGUGUGUGAAGGGACAGCGUCCCUCCGUGUCCAACCGCUGGAACAGUGACGAGUGUCUGCGGGCCAUGCUGAAGCUGAUGUCAGAGUGUUGGGCGUCUAACCCCGCCUCCCGUCUCACCAUCCUCAGAGUGAAGAAGACGCUCGCCAAGAUGGUCGAGAGCCAGGACAUCAAGAUCUGACCUCCUGCUGCUCCUCCUGCUCCUCCUCCUUUUUCUCUCUCUCCUCCUCCUCCUUCCUCCUCUUUCUCCUGCUCCUCCUCUUUCUCUCUUCCUCCUCCUCCUGCUCUCUCCUUCCUCCUCCUCCUCUCUCCUUCCUCUUCCUCCUCUCUCCUUCCUCCUCUUUCUCCUGCUCCUCCUCCUCCCUCUAUCUCCUCCACCCUC